AUGAGUUAGGAUUAUUCUGAUGAAAUGGAAGAGGUUAAAAAGCAAUUCGAUAAAAAAGUUGUCAGGAAAGUUACUAAUGAAGACGACGAUGAGGAUGAAGACACUGAGAAUUUUAGUAAUCGCAAGCACAGCAAUAUUUUAAGCAACAAAUCGAAAAAAGGAAGAAGAUAAUAAUAAGAUAUUUCAAAUGAAUAUGAUCUUUAUGAUGAGUUGGGAGACUUAGCAAGCGAAAAUCUUGAUAAAAAUGACAAUGAAGAAGAAGAUAACAAUUUGAAUUAAGACAUUGACUUAAUAAUCAAAGUUAUCACUUAAGAAAAGUAUUGUCCUGAUAUUAUUCUCUACUAGCAAUAGAUUAUUGAUGAUUUAUUUGAGUUAAUACAAAAUUAAGAAAUGCAAAUAAAAGAAUUCGAAUAGAGCAUAAAUGAUGAUAAGAAAUUUUAACACCCUAAAAAUAAAUUUUUGCAAGAUUUAAUGAAAGAAGAGUGUGACAGAGUAAAAUAUUUGAUAAAAUUGUAUACAAGAACAAGACUAUACAAAAUUUAAAAGUAUUACAUGAACAUUAUAAAACACAGUAAGUAUGAUUACCUCAAUCUCUAAGAAAAGGAAUUUGUAAAAAAUUAUGCUGCUCUCAGAUAGUAAAUUUUUUAAAACCAUUUGCUAAAAACUCUGCCUUAAAGUUUCAGAGAUAUUGGAAUAGAAAGCGAGGAUUAAGAAACUAACUCUUAAGUUCAGAAAUAAAAUUUUGAAAAAAUAUAAAUUGAUACACCUAACUAAGAUAAAGUAGUAUUUGUUAAGUUUAAGCAAGGUGGAAACUAUGAUAUAGAUGGAGAACAAGUAAAAAUAGAAGAGGGGGAGAUAAUUAUGGUACCAUAUAAGCACAUAAAAACUUUGCAUUAAAAUUUAGAUGUAGAUCUUGUGUGA